UGUGAAUCAUAGAGAAAGUUGUUGCGAAGUGGAGGCAAAGCGAAUAACAGGUGAUGAAAUAAUUGGCAACAAAAUAAUUGGAUUUUCAAAAUCUGAAGUUUUCACUCGGUUAAUAGCUCAUUCAUUGAUUUCUAAAUUAAUUGAAGCGUCAAACUCGUAUCGUCAGGUGAAACGUGAAAGAAAGAUCAUAAACAAUAAGUCAUCUGACCAAAAGAAACAUGAGGUCCACCCUGCUCAUUCUAAUUUUGACCCUUUCCGUCGUCCCGAUCCAUGCCAACUUUCAUGACUUCAUAGCAAAGUUAUUUAAACCACCGAGCUACCGGAUCCAAUAUUGUUACCAAUGCAUGGCCCUCGACUGUCGCAGCGAUGACAAAACUUGUGAAGACGUCCGAACCUUUGUGAUGCACGAACUUCGAACCUACUACGUCUUCAAGUACCUUCCCCCCUGUCCGCCAGAAGAUGACAAUGGCAGCGCCUGGUUGCAAUUGUGGGUGGGCAAGCGCAAGUACGACAACGUGUGUAAAUCAUCCGGUAUGAAGAAGGAUGUCUGCACGGCGGGCAAGAUACAGGUCAGAUCGUCGAAAGAAGACUGCACGAUCGUCUCGCAUGCGACCGUGCUGGGCUGCGCGAGUGCGAAAUUGGUGGACAUCUUGGCAGCGAACAUUAUCAUGAAGAAUUCGUCCUGCCACGAGAUUCCGAACUUGAAGGGGAUAACUCAAGAAUCUGGAAUCCGACACGAGAUGACUUUGAAGCACUGCAACAUACCGGGAGCAAUUUGCAAUCACAAGGCUUACUGCGCCAAUGUGACUCAUGCCGUGGUUCGCGUUUGGAACGAGGGGGAAGAACUUAUCGUGUGUCCUAUGAAGACUGGAACGAAAAUUGCAAUUAUUGCGGGCGUGGUCGGAGGGGUGAUGCUGAUUGGAAUUGGAAUUUGUAUCUGCUUGUUUGUCAUUUGUAGGAAGAGGAGAAACCGUUACGUACUAGGAAACAGGGUCAUGGAGAUUGUGGAUUGCUCUACGCCGCUGGGGUGGCAGAGGUGAAGGAAGGGGGGAUUUGGGGGAAGUAUGUUUGAGUUUUUUUCUCUUGUUUUUGUUGACCAAUUUUGUAAAGUAGUCAGAUAAUCGUUAUUAUUAUAGUAUUACAAAGCUCGAGGGUAGCUGCAUUGAGUAUUUAUUUAACAAAUUGACGAGAUAUCAUCGUAUAGGUUAUAAAAUGAAAGGAUGGAAAGAUGUCAAAAUAGAUAUAAAAUGUUUCUUUUUUGCUAUUCAUUUUUUAUAUUUUCUAGGGGUGAAGAUGAAUAAUUGUAUUAGUAUAAGUAAUGUUAGUGUUAAUUUCUAUUUCAAGUAAUUUUUUGACUCUUAAAAACAUCUAAAGCAAUAAAUCGCAGAUGUUUGUCUUCCUGAUCAAAACAAUA